UAUGUAUACCUAAGGUCUGUUUUCUGUGGCUGAAUUAGUGUACACUUUUGGAACUUAAAGUGAGAUAGAUAUAUGUUUGAUAUUUGUCGAAAGCGAGAUUCUAAAAUAAUCUAGUGCAGUAGGAACAGAAAACAGACCGCUAUUUACAUUUCGUGAGAUUUCUUGUACAAAUGUACAAAUAGCAACAAAUAGUAAAUGAAUUCCUUAAACACGAGGCAAUACACGAUUAUCAUAAUCCUGCAAUAUGUUAUAUUGCUCUUUGACGUUUGCAUAAAUUCGUUCGCGAGCUUUGCCAGGCAGCAUCCAACCGACCUGCUGGUACUUUAUGUGAUUCAAGACUUUUGCCUCAUUGUAGCCCUCACAUUGCUCUUAGUAAACUUCUUUUCUACUUACAUCUUCCAGGCAGGUUUGAUACAGCUACUGUACACAAGAUUCCGUAUGACAUUAGUAUUAUGCAUUAUCUAUAUGAUGUUAUCAAUCAGUUUGCAUACAUGGCACAUCAGUAUACAUUGGUCAAUGCCGUUAAAACAUUAUUGGACAAAAGAAUUUCACACUCUUUAUUCUGCACAUAGAACAGUUGCAGUGCUGUAUUAUUACUUUUACAAAAGAGCCUCUCUGAGAAUCGGUGAUCCAAGAUUCUAUAAAAGUUCUGCUUGGGUACAAAAGCAAUUGAGUAUUCCGUGAUUACACGUAAAUAAAAUUUUGAUGAGACAUAAAGGGUAAUUGUAGCUCUGAUAAAAUAUAGAUGUAAGAAUAUAUCUGUGUAUUUCAAAUUUACUAUUUUAAGCUUUUUAUACAAUGUCUUUAUAUUUAUACAAAUUUAUAUGAUUAUAUUACAUAAAUGAAACGAAGUUGAUAUAUCCAUAAAUUAAUUUCUAAAUUCAUAUACUAUACAAACAUUGUACAAUUUAUAUACAUUGUAUAAAAAAACUUUUAUUACAAACUUUUUAUAUACACAUUUUUAUAUUUGUACGUUCUAUGUCUUUCGAAAUCGAGGAAGAAAUGAUUUUAUGCAUUAAUGAAAUGAUUGUGCCAAUGCACAUAUUAAUACAUUAAUGAAAAAUAAUUCAUUAUUCUAUACUUCUUAUACAUUAUCUUUUGUGUCAUUUUGAUUAGUCUCGAGCAAUUUAUAGAUGUGAUCACUCAUAUAAGGAGAUGUUCUAUAACUCUUAAUUAAUAUUUCUGGGAGUAAAAAAAGCAUGAAAUAUUAAACUAAAAGUUCCUUUCCCAAAUUUUGGCUUAAACUAUGUAUAAUCAAUAAAUGGGUAAGUUAUUUAUUUAUCUAUGCAUUUAUUUAUUUAUUAAUUAAUAUGAAAAAUUACAAUAAAAUUUUAAUGGGGGAAUGUACAGUAAGAACGAGGAAUGCCUAUAGCAUGCUGUGCUCCUGCGUAUUCCGACUAGGCACAAUCCGAUUGAUCAAUUUUAAUUGUUAAUAACUCGGUAAAUAAUGAUUUGAGUCAAAAUUGGGAAAAGAACUUUUAAUUCAAAAAUUCAUCCUUUUUCAUUCUCAGAAAUAUUAAUUAAGAGUUAUA